GGGAGUCUGACAUUUUCAACAGUCAUGUCUGCAGUGUAGAAAGAACCAGGCUGCUGUAACGCAUCGAAGCUUGGCAAAAGCGAUUUUAGAAAAUGAUGUGCUACGCCUACAUUUUUUUCCGGUGAUGGAGGGAACAGAGCAGAGAUAAUUGAACAGCAUGUAGCUAUUUUCUUUUUUUCCUCACUCAUAUCGGAUUAGAAUCUGGGGUUACCUAAUCUAUGUUAAUCUGAACUAAAUCUAUCUAAUUGUGGUAGAAAACUACACUCCCCCUGUUCUGGUGCACCACCAGAGACGCUUUGCACAUCAGUGGGUCUUUUUGGACACCGUGCCGCCAAAAGGAGAUUAUCAACUGAUUCUCCAAGACUGAUCAUAAGGACAUUAAGAGAGUAUAUCUUCACCAAAUUCUCUUAAUAAGAGUGAAAGUUAGGCUAAUUGGAAUCUGGAGACCAAAUGUCGCAUUAAAACGCGCAGCAGCCGCUUUUCCAGAGAUUAAGAACAUUAUGCAUAUUUUUCAUGUUGCAACAUUUUCACGUUGCAACAACAUACAGCUUUAUGAUGGGGUUGAUAUGAUAUGUGAGAGAGUUCGGGCCGGGGUGUUCUAAACAUGUUCUGGGAGCAAUGUGCGCGCCAUCCAAUGGGAGCAUCUAUUCCACACCACAGCGUCAGCGCGUCAUCAGUUCACAUUUACGAAACGAGUUUUAUUAAAUGAGGACAUGUGAGGGGAUCUGAGAGUAAGAAAAGGAGAUUCGAGAUAGACUACAUGUUAGAAAUACUAGAGGCGAGCAAGACGUGUGAUAAAAUUAUUUAUCAAGUGGACAAGAACAGACUGAUGCUGGACUGUGCAAUGUCUGGAAGUGUGUCGCUUUUUAAAAAGACACAUGCGACCCGAUUUUUUAAAAAGUAUCAUUGCAAUUGAAUUCGGAAUCGUUUGUGUGUGUCUGUGAAUGGACUUGCAUUUGCCAGCCUAUUCCGUGAAGACUGGAAUAUUUAAUAAUUUACGAUAAUCACACAUCGUCGCUUGUCUGUGCUGUCUGCACAAUCCUGUUGAUUGAAAAUUAUUCUUGUCUAUGUUUUGUCGGAUUCUUUCGACGGCUCUCUUCAUCUCUAUUCUCGUUAUAUGAGGUAUCAUCUGUUGCUGCAGCCGGAUUAACUGACAUUGUCAUGCAUUUGGAUUGACUCUAGCUGCUGGAGAUGUAGGCAAUUCAUAAUUUCCACAAUUUAACAUGUUUUAUUUCAGGUAAAAUGGGAGAACGAUUAUUGUUACUAUUAUUGCUACUCUUAUCGUUACAUGCGGGUCGGUGAUAGCCUACUGCAGACGAGCCAUUCAAAAUCAUCCAUCUCCACAGCAGCCGGCUUCUCUGAGAUUUGAUCGUUACUUUAUUGAAUCAGACUGUAAUAUCACGUCACGAGACGGAUUUCGGCUUGAAGUAGGCCUAGUAUUGGAGACAAUACGGGAAUUGUGGAGGUAUUGUAUUUCUUUCUAACCCGGUUAUUCCUUCACAACAGGAUAAAUGUUGAUGAUGGAGGACGACGAAUUGGCUCAUCAGGUUGAUAUCGAUUCGGAUUUCGAGCCUCAAAGCCGGCCUCGCUCGUGCACUUGGCCACUGCCGUGUCCGGAGGAUUUUCCCGAAGUACAGGAGGUCAAUGGGGGUCUUCCACUGACCACCAUCAAGGUGGAACCAGAUGACAUUCUAGCCGUUUCAGCUUGCAGAGCGGGGAGAAUGGGUGGCACUCCGACGGAGCUGAAGCAUCCAGCAGUCGCCCCGGCUCCCAUCCGGGCGACGCACCCAUGCUUGGCCAGCGCGGCACUUGAUGUGACUGGACAAUUGCGCAAAGCCAAAUCCUCGCGGCGGAACGCAUGGGGUAACCAGUCGUACGCGGACCUUAUCACACGAGCCAUUGAAAGCACCCCUGAAAAAAGACUCACGCUUUCACAGGUCUAUGAUUGGAUGGUCCGCUAUGUUCCCUAUUUCAAGGAUAAGGGCGACAGUAAUAGUUCAGCUGGAUGGAAGAACUCCAUUCGACACAACCUGUCCCUCCACACGCGCUUCAUCCGGGUGCAGAACGAAGGCACGGGCAAGUCCUCCUGGUGGAUGCUCAAUCCUGAGGGGGGCAAGAUGGGCAAGGCCCCUCGCCGGCGAACCGUCUCCAUGGACAACAGCACCAAGUACCUGAAGAGCAAGGGCCGGGUCAGCCGCAAGAGGGUGGGCAGGCCAGGGAUUGGUUCUGGAGCUCAAGUGGGGCUCCAGGCUUCCCCUGAGCAGGGUAGCCCACCGGGGAAGGUUCUCCCAGGCAACAUAGGGGGAGCUGGGGGUGUGGAAGGAGAGUUUGAAGCCUGGACGGAGCUCCACUCCCGGGCUAGUUCGUCCACUUCGACCCUGAGCGGGCGUCUGUCGCCCAUCCUGGCCGAGGGCGAGCUGGAGGAGUCAGAGGAAGGUGGGCUGUCCUGUUCGGCCUCGCCCCACCUCUACCCCUCCCCCUCCUCCAGCGCCCGCUCCCCUGCCAUGGGGGCCGCGGGAGGCCACUGUCCACCCGUGGAGCAGCUGCCCCAGCUGGCUAAUCUCACAGGGGCUAUCAGCCUGGAGGAGAGGCUCCCGGAGGAAGGCUACCACCAUCAUCAUCCUCACCUGGCAGCGGGCCACAAACUCCCCCCGGUCUAUCAUUACAACCCUGGGGUUAAAGGUCAAGGGUCGUACUGCGGCGCGGUUUACAGCCAGGCUGGGAUGGGCAUGCUGCGCCACCACUCGCCCAUGCAGACCAUCCAGGAGAAUAAGCCGGCUAGCUUCUGCGGCACCUUGCGGGCCUACUCAGGGACCAACGCCCUGCAGAGCCUGCUGACAGGGGGCCCUGGAGGGCCACAGCAGUACUGUGCCAAGGACAUAAUACUGGGCCAGGAGAGAGAUGCCCACCCAAUGAUGGGGCCCUCCACGAACGGAGUGAGCUCCACCCGUCACAGCCACCAUCCCGGACACAACGGACAUGCAGCUCACAGCCACAACAGCCACAACGGAACUCAGAGUCAUAACCUCAACCCUGUGAACAACCACAACCACAGCUCUCCUCAUCUUGGCCACAACCUCAAUCAGAACCUCAGCAACCACACAACGCACACACCGACACGAGCCCCAGCCCUGGCCCCACGCAUCAGCAGUGGCCACCUCCAGGCCUACAGCCACAAAGCCCCCUAUCUUUACAGCCCCCCGUCCCACGCACACCUCCCCGCUUCCACCACCCUGCCACCCAACCCGGCCGGCAUGCUGGGGAUGCCCCAGGACUCCUGCCACCUGGCCACCGCCCCCCACCCCUCGCACCCCUGCCACAACACUUACCCCAGCCCCCAACACCAGGGAAUGGGCAGUGGACUGUACCACCACCAACGGGGCAUGGUGGGAGGCUGCACAGGAGGCAGCUACCAUGGUAGCUCGUACCAGCAGCCUCACCCCCACGAGAGACUACCAGCUGAUCUGGACCUGGAUAUCUUCCACGGGAGCCUGGACUGCGACGUGGAGUCCAUCCUCCUCCACGAUAUCAUGGACUCCGGAGAGGAAAUGGACUUUAACUUUGACAGCUCCCUGGCGCAGGGGUUGGGCAUGGGGGUGGGCAUGGGGAUGGGCAUGGGGAUGGGCAUGGGGAUGGGCAUGAGUGGACUGGCAGGCCCUCAGCAAGCCCACAACAACCAGAGCUGGGUGCCCGGCUGAGACAUUUCCCAGAGUGCUUCAGGGCAGGCCUCAGAAAAGACUCCACUACAGAGAGUGCUGCAGGCCAGCCCUCACUGCCCCUCAGAUAGACAGACUCUCCC